AUGGAAGUUCACACUGCUCCCCCCGCUGAGCUUCACUCACCCCCGCCAGUCACGGCUAAGCGUCCAAGAGGUAUUCUGAAGAAGUCAUACCAGAAAUCCCCACCCGCCUCGCCGACCAAGGAGCACGAGCUGCCAGAGAAGGAGCUCGUGGUCCAAAACACCCAAGCCAACGCGGGCCACCGCCGCUCCUCCUCAACCGCCUCUAGGCCAGCCGGCUCGCGGCGCCAGUCCUCACGAACGCCCUCGGCUGCCGAUGGAGAGCUCGACUCGGACCAGCCCCGCCUCAAGUGGGACGAGGCGAACCUGUACCUGACGGAGCAGGAGCGGACCUCGACCAUGAAGAUCACGGAGCCCAAGACGCCCUACGCCAAGCACUACUCGCCCUCGGAGGACGGGCUCGACGACGACGAGGUCGACAUGGACGGCAACCACUCGGAGAUCCCCGGCCUGAGCCUCGGCGAGCCCGAGGAGGAGAUCCCCGAGAACGACAACCUCGACACCGGCACGCCUCGCAAGCAGAGCAAGGUCCAUGUCAGCGACGAGGACGCCACCCCCCUCCAUGACGCCGAUGCUGAUGUGUUUGGCAUGACCCCCGAGGAGCGCGAGAAGCACCGCAAGUUCGAGGAGCUCAGGAAGAAGCACUACGAGAUGAGCGAGGCUGUGGGCUUGCUGGGGCACCCGGAGGCAGUGGAUGAGGAGAUGGAAGAUGAGGAUGAAGAAGAAGAUGAUGAUGAUGAGGAAAACCAGGGCAAGAAGAGCAAGGUGCCGCCUGUCCCCAAGCUCCCGGCGGCAUAG